GUCACUCAGGGCUCAAUGGCGCUGGAUUUGACUCCUCGGUUCAGGAGGCUGAAUAGCCAAACAAGAAGUUUUCGGGAAAAUGUGCAGCACGGUUUCUCUGGGCCGUUUGGAGCCACCCAGCUGUGGAACAACAUCAUCCAGGCCCUGCAGACUCAGGUGGAGGUGCGGCGCUGCAGGAGACACCUGCGCGUCCACGCCCAGUGUUUCACGGGCUCCGACGCCGUGGACGCCGUUCUCAGUUACCUGAUGCAGAACGUGGCGUUUUGCACGAGCGAAGUGUCUCGCCUGAAAGCUGCUCGGCUCUGCCAGGCCGUGAUGGAGGCCAAGGUGUUUGAGCCGGUGGGCACAAAGCUGUUCCGCAGAGACAAGGAGGGGACGUUUGAGGACAGCAGCUGCAGCCUUUACCGCUUCCUGGAACAGAAAGUAACACACGGUUCUGCCGUGAAGGAGGGAAGUGUCGACACAGAAAAUGUUCCACUUGGAGAGCUGGACACAAAGUGGAGGAAAAGCUCAAGGUUGAAUGAAGUGAGGACGAUCUCCAACCCUUUUGCUGUCGGACCGUCGGACAGAAGGGUGGAAAGACUUCUGAGGACGAUCAACCUGCAGCCGUGCUUCUCUCCAUCUCACAGGGCGUUCACCACGUCCUCUGGCUUUCUGUCUAAAGCUGUUGUGGAUGAAGUUUGGAAACAGCAGACUCUGUUGCAGCUGUUGCAGAUAAUAGAGCUGCCCAUGUUGGAUUGUAUCCUGACUUCUCCUGAACGGGGACAAACUCACGGCCGUAAAGUUCCCAUGAGCAACCUGGACCUGGUUAUCUCCAACACCUGCCUGGAUAGAGAGCUGCCUGAAACCCUCAACCUGCCCCAGCUGGACGCGUGGCUGUCGGCAGCAGCAGACUGUCUGGAGCUGUUUCCAGACCAAGUGAUCGUGGUCGUCGGGGAAAAACUCGGCAAACAAGACGGCGUUACAUUUUUAGUAGAAGAAAACGUGGAUCAGAAGAGACUGCUCUUUGACACGAUUGCCAAGUAUUACAAUGAACAGGAGAAAGCUCCGCUCAUCUCAGGACGAUACCUGGACAUUCAUGCUGCAAUUCUGGAUUUACUGGAUGAAGGGAAAGUGCAGGAUGCCGUGAAAGCGUCCCAGUUGUGUUUGCGGCUGCUGGACUCCAGCGUGAAGGACGAGCUGCGGAGACUGCUGGCCUUCAUGGCCACGGCGGCAAAGCCCCACGCCUGCAGGCUGCACAAGAAGAGUGAAAACAGGGCCUUGGUCUGCCGCACUUUUCACAAAGCGCUUGUUCAGAAUCAUGAACUUACUCGACUGCAGAGUGAAACGUUGGUACUUUUCCUGAUGGAUCAUCACACUGAGCUCUUCAAGACUCCUUCAUCCCUCACCGAGGCCGUGAGGAAAACACUCAGGACUUUGCAGCAGGGAAAAGACCCAGACUCCAUCGCCACCUUCACGUUCUGCCAGCAGGCGACUCCCCAGGAGUACGAGGAUCAACGCGAGGCCGCCACGCUGCAGAGCCUCAAACAGCUUCUCUCUUUUAUCUGCUCAGAUAAAAGCCUGCCCGACAAGGAGAGGAAGAAGCUGCUCAAAGAGUUUGAAAAACACCAUCCUGUCGUCUUCCUGCAGCAUUUCUGCAGCACUUUCCAACACUAACUGGAAUCGUCUGAUCUCAGCCGUGCAGCUUUAGCACCGCGAAAAAUAGAACAAGCACUCAUGGAUUUCUGGAUUCCAGUAAACCAGGCUGCCUUUGCAUAAAUAAUUUUAACAUGUGGCAUGUGGCGUGUCACAAAAAGAAGGUGCAUAUGUCAAAACUGCUGAUAAACAUAAGUCUGCCAAAUAUGGUAAAAUCACAAUAGAUUAUUUAAUUUGAGAUUUAAAAUUUC